GUUCGCUGGUUAAAAGAACAAUACGAAGAUGUCGCUGCUCGACAGAAAGAUGCUGCUUUUUUCUCUCGCAGCAACAGGUGGGCCAGCUUGCUGGGACUGGAAGCAGACUUGUUCUUGGCCUCGUCCAGGGCCUCUUAAUAUAGCACAUGCGGUGCAUCUGCCUCUGCGGUUUUCGUCGAAUACUACCUCCACGAACUUGGAAAUGGCCACCUCUCGGAAUGGUGCACCUCAGGGAGAAGCAGGCUUUGAAUUCCCACCCAAAACAACCACUGCUUGGAACGCGCUUCAGGGAGAAGCAGAACUGUCUUUCUUUAGCCCUUCUUGGGUGGACCCUGCGUCAUUCCUGAGCCUUCACGCGGUAUUUGAUAAAGCUUAACCUUAUCUGGUAGAUACUAGUGUUCUCUUCACAGUUAUCAACAACUGUUUGGAAGAAUUGCAUUUGUAUUUGCUUCGUCCUUUGAUAGAAAUCGGCGGGCUCUUUUUUAUGUUUUAGCGUACUAUCGUAAGGAUAUAUGUUCCAGGGGUGGAGGCUCCCCUCCUGUGGAUGGAGCGGUGGUGGCGUUCGCGCGUCCUUUUUUCCGCGGUGGUGACAUGCAAGGACCUUCGGGGGCCAAGGCCUCAAAAGGCGGAGCCGGAGGCUCCUGGCGGCUCUCCGCGUGUGCCGACUCUUGGACCUUCUCAGGGGGACGGCCUCCGGGAGAAGAAGGCCGCCGAAGGCGGCUACGGUCGCGAGGCCUGGCCCCUUUGGCCCUCGUCCGCCACCACCAAACGCCCGGGGGGUUGAGGACCAAAGGCGGGGAGGAGUAGACGCAAGGCGUGCCCGCCUGCCUGGGUUCUGUCGGAUACAUCAUGCAGCACGGCGAAAGGGAUCAAGCCUUGCCACCUGCUUCCCUCGGAGGCCUUUCACCUCCCAAGAGGCUCCCCCAGUGAGGAACCCGCACCCUGGAGGCCUGUAGGGUACACGCAACAAGCCGCAACAAGCCAAAGGGGGCCCAGCCUUGCCACCUUCGGAAGCCUUGCACUCCCGGCCUUCGGUGCUUCAACCGCCACACGGAUGAGGGCGCUGUAGGGUCCAGGCAAGAAGCGGGAAGGGGGCGGAGGUGGGCUUUUGGAGGCCUUCCCGCCCGGCUGUCUUUCAGGAAAAAGGGCCAGGGGCGAAAGGCCCCCUCUCAGGAAGUUAGAUCGGGGGGAGCCUUGGCCCCUGGAAAAUAUAUUUAUAACACUUUACAUGAUUGCGCAGGAAUACGAUGUCGAUGGAUAAUCCAUCGCGACGUGAUAUGAUAUUGACUUUAUAUGUUAGUUUCUUAUAAUGAUAUUGAUAUUUCAGGAGGUCAUAAGCCCUGAAGAGGAGGGGACGAAACCCCUUGGAAAGUUCGUCUUCCGCGGCAGCAAUCUUUGGAAAGCCAUCGAGAGCGACUUUCAAGAAGGAAACGAACACUGCGGCAAGACGAACACUGAUGUUGGAACGUUUCUUGCUGGCGACGGAAGCCCGUAUGGGUUGUUUAUCUACAGCAUUGAAAGGGUGACGGAUCCUGUGCUGGAGGGACUCUAUAAUAAGAUGCGGUCUGAUAUGGCAUCCAGCAGUCCGGCGCUGUCGGAAGAUCCCCUUGCCAAGAUCUUGAAGCCUGCUGCCUACACGGAAAAAGUCGCUAAGGCCGAUGCUGUGGAAGAAGGAAAAGAAGAAGAGGAGAAGGUAGAAGUGUCGAAGUCCGCCGGUGAGAUGUUUCUGUUCCAUGGAACAAACGGAGUCGCAGCGAGGGCGAUUGCUGCGCGGGGCCCUGACAUUACGCUAGCAGGCCCUGGCUUAUACGGGAAUGGGUUUUACACCACCGAUCAAGCCAUCAAGUCGAUUCAGUACUGCAGGUAUGGUAAUGGAGGUAUGGUAACUGAUACGGACACAAACAUUCGUAGUCCAGGGAGUAUGCUUCUGAUGCAGGGAUUGCUAGGCCGGAAGCCUUUUGAAUUCGAAGGAACGAUGCCCAGUCCUGAGGACCUCCUUGACGAAAACGAAGACAAAACACCAAAUGCGCUCGUCGUAAACGGCGCGGGCGGAGAGACGUCGGGCAAGUGGAAUGACCAUCGAGAGAUAAUAUUUUUCCAUACGGUAGGCACUCUUUUGCCAAAAUUUCUUGUUCGUUUCAUAGACCAAGCUUUUUCGGCGCAGCUGGCCGAAGAAGAGCUGAACCAGCUGACUUCGAAAGACCACCUAGAGAUGAAGAAGAAAGAAAUCCUGGAAAAGAAUCCUGCCGCUAUCUGUUCCAUGUCGGAUGAGGUGGAGCAAAAAGGCGAGGAAGCGCUGCAACCCACACGUUUGUGGGACAUUAUCGUCGAAAGUGUUACGAGCGACGAGACUCGACAUGGAAGCCCGCUCGACUACUGUUGCGUGUUCCGCACGCUCCCCGUGAAUAGGCUGCGGCAAGUUUUUGAGAAAAUGGCAACACGGCCGAGGAAAAUUAGUGAUGCAACUCGAUGCUUCGCCCAGCGCGGCUCCAUUCCCCCAAGCAUCCCUAGAGAUACCGUGCUCAGCGCGUUGGGAGAGGAGACGAUGGGCAGCGACACGGCAUUCGUGGAGAAAGCGCUCGGGGCAGACCCUCUCUUUCUCGCGCGUGGUUUCGCUCUCUACCCCAAAAUGCUGGCAGAGAAACCCACGCUUUGGUGUGAAGAGAACGGCGCGCUGCUGCAAAGUAUCUUGUUAGUAGCGGCUGGGAAGGCUGCCGACGCGGAAGCGGAGGCCACCUCCUCGCCUUCUGUCUCCACUUGGGCUGAAACGGCUGCAGCCCUUGGCUCCGUGGAUUGGGCGCAUGAGGGGGAGCUACAGGCUGUAUUGGAACACAUCCCGCAGUGCUGGCAUCACGUGGCAAGAUCUUUAGAUGUUGACGUGCAAGGCAUAGAUGAGUCACACGAAAGCCCCUCCAAGCGUAAGCUGGGCGCACUCGUUAAGGCUGCCCGCGACAGAAUAUGCAAGACCACCAACACGGCCCCAACGGAGUUUUCCAGCAUACUUGAAUGGACGCAGUUGUCGCGCGUCCAGAAACAGGCCAUACCCCACGUUUGUACACAUGACGAGCAGGAGGCGGCCGUCUUGCAGGAGCCACAAAAUCUGGCAUUCGUCUCGUCUAAGGUACGAGGCGACAAAGGUACGGUGCUGCAAGCUGUGAAGAGGAGUGGUGGUGUUCUCGAAUUUGCCGGUAUGGAGCUGCGAAGCGAUCGAGAUGUGGUACUCGCAGCUCUGCGAAAUGACUACAGGAACCGGGAGGACUUCAGGAGGAGGAGCACGAGGAAGCUCUUAUCCCUCAGGUGGGCUUCGAAGAGCUUGCGAGAGGACCCACAGUUCAUGCUGGAUGCUCUUGGCGUUCUGCGUGGCAAACACCAGGAACAGGAUCUUGAGAUACGGGACCCGAACCACGAUCUUCUUGUUGAGAUACAGGACGCGAGCACGGAUGUGGAUUUACUAAACUUGCAGCAUCUGGCCAUUGCGUUGUCGCCGUUACAAAAUGAUCCGGACUUCAUGCUGGGCUUUUUUCAGAGUCUAGAACGUGACGCUUUGAAGGUAGCGGCUUUCGCACAGCUACCUCCUGACGGGUUGCGAAGCGACGCAGG